AUGGAUUACAUUAGUAUCCCGCACUUCGCGACAUUUAGACAAGCCGGCACUGUGAUAAUUAGAUUAAAGAUGGAUGUGUCUGACAGCUGUUGUGGCAGCCCUAAGCAGCUCCCUGCGUACCUGGGCCCUGUACAUAGGCCCUCAAGUUGUGAACGAUGUUCUAGGACCAGAUCUUAUAACCAAUAUAGUGACUGUGAUAGUGAAUUAGUGGACAGAUGUCGAACCUACAGAUCGCGCGUUGCCAAAAGCAGAUACGUCAACGUCUGCGCAGCAGUUUGCCUUGUUCUUCUGGUGGGAGGGCUCUCACCGCAGUCGACAGCGGCACCCCAUAAUCGAAUUAUGGACAGACAACGUAGGUCAUCUUCCCAGGAGAAUCACAUUUGGGGAAACCCUUGCGAUUAUGGCUCUGAUAGCAAAUCGUUAAAAUACUCAGCAAAACUAGCUAAAGAAGUAGAGAUUCAAGCGAGGAACGCCCUCAAUGCGGCAUCGGAGUAUAAAGAUAAAUUUGUCAAGCUUCAUAGUUUCUCAACAUAUGAAGAUUUACUCAGCACCUGGAGUGGAACCGAUUGGCUCAAGGGCUACAGCUGGUUAAAUCAAGAAGUUAAAGACGGUCUUCCGCAAGGAAAUCUUCGUUACAAGGGUGUCACUGAAGAAUACCUGGACAAUUUAAUGAAUAAUAUUGACAGUCAUCUGCCGUCAAUGUACAGGGGUUUGAAGAUGGUAGUCGCUGGACUGUAUCUUGUAAGCACUGAAGGCUUGAAUGAUGACAUCAGGUCUGAUGCUGAACUCAAACAGAACAUCACGAAGACCAUGCAUAAUGCUCGGGCUGUUCUAUGCUUAUUUAGUGAUGUAUUGAGAUCUCGUAGCCUUGAAGUAGCUCCACUCCUAGACUCGGAACUUCCCGACUUCAAGAACGACAAGGUUCUCUACGCAUUUCUAGUAUACAGGGACACACUUAACUACUUAGACUACCUUUCUGAUGUCUUCAAGAAGAUGUACGUUGUAGACUCACAGAAGACUGAUUGA